GAUGCUUCCCCUUCCCCAGACUCCGGCCGGGGUCUCGUCAGGUCGUCUCCUCGUAGUCGCCGCCACCGGGGCCGCACCACCACCAGCAUCCGCCGGGGCUGCCCAAAUGCGCCUGCAGUCGCCUUAGCGCCACCCCGUCCGCACAGUCACGCGAUGGAGGCGGACGAGCGGGCGGAGGCGGCGCGGCGCGCCAAGGAGGCCGGCAACGACGCCUACCGCAAGUCCUUCCUCGAGACGGCCGUCGAGCACUACACCCGCGGCGCGCUCCUCGACCCCGGCGACAUCUCCUUCCUCACCAACCGCGCCGCAGCCUACCUCAAAUUGUGCAAGUACAAGGACUGCGUAAGGGACUGCGACGACGCGGUGAGGCGCGGCAGAGAGCUCGGCGCGGAGAGCAAGCUGAUCGCGAAGGCGCUGUCGCGGAAGGCGUCGGCGCUGCUCGAGCUCGCGGACUGCGCCGGGGACUACGCGCCGGCGAUCAGGGCCCUGGAGCAGUCGCUGGCCGAGCACUACUGCGAGGAGACGCUCGACAAGCUCGGCGAGGCAGAGAGGAAGAGGAAGCAGGUGGAGGAGCAGGAGCGACUGGAUCAGGAGGCCGCCGACCACGACCGCGAGAAAGGUAAUGAAUUUUUUAAGCAGAAGAAGUACCAUGAAGCAGCAAUGCACUACACUCGAGCUAUGAAAAUGUGCCCAAAGGAUCCAAGGGCGUUUAGCAACAGAGCUCAAUGCCACAUCUAUCUGGGAGAUUUCCCUCAAGGUCUUGAGGAUGCAGAGAAAUGUGUCGAACUGGAUCCGACUUUUCUAAAGGGCUAUUUACGUAAAGCUAAACUUCAGUUCCUGAUGGAAAGAUAUGAAAAUGCUCUGGCAACUUACCUAGAGGGUUUGAGGUGUGACCCAAAUAAUCUGGAGGUUCUUGAUGGCUUAAGAAGAUGUGCAGCAUGCAUUAAGAGGGCUAAUGGGAGCGAUUUUGAGCUUAAGGAAUUGAAAGAGAUGUCAGGAAAUUUUCAAUCAGAAAAUGAUUUGUGUAAAUUUGAAAAAGUGAUGGAGCAAGCUGCAAUAUUCAAGAAGGAAGCUUCUGACGAGCGUCUGAUGCGCAUAGAAUCUGAACGAAUGGCUAGAACAAUGGAGGACUCGUAUUUAAACCAAGUCCAACAAAGGAAAGAAACUGAGGAGUUCCUUUCAAGGGCACAACAAGAGUUGGAACGGUUUAAAAUACAACAUGAUGAUGUCACUGAAAGACUUCAGAAGGCCAAUGAGCGUCUACUAGGGCAGCUCUCUGAAUCCACAGGACAAUAUGACUGGCUUCUAUCAGAGCAUGAUCACUUGCUACAUGAUAGGGAUCGUGUAGUUCAUGAGGUUCAAGAGUUAUGUCAGAGAAGAGGGCAAAUGCAUUCGGUUUUGGUUACAUCAACAUACUCUGAGUUUUCAUCAUCUGAGCGUCUACUAGGGCAGCUCUCUGAAUCCACAGGACAAUAUGACUGGCUUCUAUCAGAGCAUGAUAACUUGCUACAUGAUAGGGAUCGUGUAGUUCAUGAGGUUGAAGAGUUAUGUCAGAGAAGAGGGCAAGUGCAUUCGGUUUUGGUUACAUCAACGUACUCUGAGUUUUCAUCAUCUGAACUGGAGUCUGCAACUGAAAAUUUCAGUAGUUCCCUGAAGAUUGGAGAAGGUGGGUUUGCUUGUGUGUACAGAGGUAUCCUCCGGAACACGACAGUUGCAAUAAAGGUGUUGAAACCUGAUUGUUUACAGGGAAGGUCACAGUUCGAGCAAGUGGUUGCUAUCCCGAGUAGGGUGAGGCACCCUCACCUUGUAACUCUAUUGGGGGCAUGUUCAGAAUCAUCUGCACUUGUCUAUGAGUUCUUGCCAAAUGGAAGUCUUGAAGAUUUUCUCAUGUGUGCAGAUAAAAGGAAAACAUCGCUAUGGCAGAUUCGCACCCGAAUUAUUGCAGAUAUAUGUUCAGCACUGAUCUUUCUGCACAAGAAUAAACCACACCCAGUUGUUCAUGGUGAUCUGAAGCCGGCCAACAUCCUUCUUGAUGUUAACCUAGUCAGUAAGCUUAGUGACUUCGGCAUCUCUCGCCUCCUGAUCCAGUCCAGCACCAGUAACACUACCCUUUAUCACACAAUGCAUCCAGUUGGAACCCCCUUGUACAUGGACCCAGAAUUUCCUGCCACUGGAGAGCUGACACCUCAUUCUGAUGUCUACUCUUUUGGGAUCGUGGUCUUGCGCCUUCUGGCAGGAAAGCCUCCUGUUGGUAUUAAGAAGAUUGUGGAGGAUGCGAUGAUGAAAGGUGACCUGCACUCAGUAGUUGAUUCCACAGCAGGAGAGUGGCCGGAUGUGCACGUGCAGCAGUUAGCACACCUUGCUCUCAGUUGCAUGGAGCUGAGCCGGAGGUGCCGUCCUGAUCUUUCAGGCGAGGUGUGGAGAGUAGUUGAGGCGAUGCGGGAUGCUGCGACGAGUAAACCUUCAGCCUCAUCUUCUAGACCAGUGUCAGAUGAAAACUGCACACCUUCAUAUUUCAUUUGCCCUAUAUCUCAGGAUAUCAUGAACGAUCCACAUAUCGCAGCUGACGGAUUCACCUACGAAGCUGAGGCCAUCAGGAGCUGGCUCGACAGCGGCCACAACACGUCUCCGAUGACCAAUAUGCGACUCGAACACGACGAGCUCAUUCCCAAUCGCGCUCUUCGUUCCGCCAUCCAGGAAUGGCUCCAGCAGCAGAAUUUGGCUUAAUAACCUGUUGGGUUGCUGCGUGCUUCCCCGUUCAAAGUCGUGACAGAAUAACUCUGUAAUUUCCUUGCUCAUCAACUUCUGGAACCCGUGUGGCUUUAACAUUCAACUAGAACUA